AAGUCAGCCUCCUACUCUGCACCACAACUUCACUCUGGCUGCUGUAAAAUAAAGGAUGCUGGAUGUCCCAGACCUGGUACGGCGGCUCCGGCACCCAGAUGAAGUCGCCUCCGCGGCUCGCUGAGAAAACGUACGUCGCGGAGAACGAGCGCACGUUCCAGUACGAUGACCAGCUACCCAGCCUGCCGAUCCCGCCGCUAAAGCAGACGCUGCAAAAGUACCUGGAGUCGGUGUACCCGGUGGCCAGCAGCCGCGAGUAUGAGAACACGCGGCGCAUCGUGGAGGAGUUCGAGCGCGGCGUCGGCCGCCGGCUCCACGAUGGCCUGCUGGAGAGGAACAAACACACGCGCAACUGGAUGCUCCACUGGUGGAACGACUAUGCGUACCUGUACCAACGCGAGCCCAUCACGCCGUCGCUGGCGUUCGCUGGUCCGUUCACGCUGACCGACAGCCUGUGGCCGCCUGGGCCCGGCACACAGUGCAAGUACCUGGCCCACUACCUGUACGGUGUGGCGUCGUUCUGGUGUCUGCUGCGCCGGGAGCGCCUGGCGCCGCAGCGGACGCGCGACGGCGUGCCGCUGAGCAUGCACCAGUGGCGCCGCCUGCUGAGCACCACCCGACUGCCCGGCCGGCACAAGGACACCGUGCGCGCCAUGUUCCAGACCGAGUCGGAGGGCUGCACGCCCACCCACUUCGUGAUCCUGUGCAACGGCCAUCUGUACUCGAGCGCGCUGCUGGAGCCGGAUACGGAGCAGCCGCUGACGAUCGAGGAGUACCAGCUGGUGCUGGAGCGGGUGUGGGAGCGGUGCAGGCACGUCGCCGGGCCCGGCCUGGCGUCGCUCACCGCAGAUGAGCGGCCGCGCUGGGCAGAGAACCGGACGUACCUGCGCGAGCUGAGCGCAACGAACGCGGCCGCGCUGGAGGUGGUCGAGUCGGCCGUCUGCCACGCCGUGCUCGAGACGCAGCCAGGCGUCGACCGCGACAACUGCCUGCGUCUCAACCUGUGCGGCGACGGCGCCAGCCGCUGGGCCGACAAGAGCAUGACGGCUGUGGCCUACACGGACGGCUACGGCGGUAACUACUGCGACCACUCGCCCAUGGACGCCAUGACGCUGGUGACGCAGGGCUGGUUCAGCCACCUGCAGGAGCUGGAUUUCAACCGACACGGUCGGCUGGUGCGGCCGCCGCGCGAUUACCUCUGCCGACCGCGCGAGCUCGUCUUCACCGUGGACGAGCGCGUGCGCCGCGACGUGCAGGCGGCCCGCGAGGUCACCCUGCCGCUGCUGCGUGACGUAACCAUCAUCAGCCGGCGCUACGCCUGUUACGGCAAGCUGUGGAUCCAGUCGCAGGGCUUCCACCCGGACGCCUUCGUGCAGAUGGCGCUCCAGCUGGCCUACUACCAGCACCACGGACGGGCGGCGCCCACGUACGAGACGGCCACCACGCGCCGCUUCUACAAGGCGCGCACGGAGACGGUGCGCUCGUGCACGCCCCAGGCGCUGGCCUGGUGCCAGGCCAUGACCUCCGACUCGGCCCUGGCGGACGACCGUCGCCGGCUGCUGCGGGCGGCGGUGGACCGUCACGCGGACCUGGCGCGCCAGGCGGCCGAAGGUCACGGCUGCGACCGUCACCUGCUGGGCCUGCAGAUCCAGGCGGCUGAGGCCGGUCUGCCCACACCGGAGAUCUUCACCGACCCCAUGUGGAAGCGCAGCGGCGGCAGCGGCAACUUCGUGCUGUCCACCAGCACCACCGGCUACACGCCCUGCUUCGGCGUGACGGCGGCCAUGGUGCGCGACGGCUACGGCUGCUUCUACUCGAUCGAGCCGGACCGGCUCAACAUCAACAUCGCCGGCUUCGUCAGCAGCCAGGAGUGCGACGUCAACAAGUUCUACGGCUGGGUGGAGGCGAGCCUGAACGCCAUGCAGCAGCUGAUGCUUUCCAAGUCCAACCUCUGAUGUGCUCAGGGUUCUGUCCCCGGGUACCGCAGCCGUGCCUGUGGCCCCGUGGAGAGCGGGCCUCGCGUCCGGCUCCGACGCGCGAGCGGUGCGGGUGUCGGGCCGGGCCGCAGCCGCGCCUGUGACCCCGUGGAGAGCGGGCCUCGUGCCCGGCUCCGGAGCGGUGCGGGUGUCGGGACCGGGCCGCAGCCGCGCCUGUGGCCCCGUAGAGAGCGGGCCUUGCGUCCGGCUCCGGAGCGGUGCGGGUGUCGGGCCGGGCCGCAGCCGCGCCUGUGACCCCGUGGAGAGCGGGCCUCGUGCCCGGCUCCGGAGCGGUGCGGGUGUCGGGACCGGGCCGCAGUCGCGCCUGUGACCCUGUGGAGAUCGGGCCUCGUGCCCGGCUCCGGAGCGGUGCGGGUGUCGGGACCGGGCCACAGCCGCGCCUGUGACCCUGUGGAGAGCGGGCCUCGUGCCCGGCUCCGGAGCGGUGCGGGUGUCUGGCCGGGCAGCUCCGACCGCAGACGCCGUGGCCACUCGGGUCGAUCCAUGGGCGGGCGGCGCGCGUCGCGGGGUCUGUGAGCGCGCUCGGCGGUGCCGUGGUGUUGAGGGUCGCCUGAGGGCCCGGCAGGCGUUACGUUACGCGUCUACGGUGGUGCAUGCCUGGGCUGGUAUGGUGAUUGAUGGGGCAAGCAAUCGGCCGGGAGGUUUUGUGCCCUGCUUUUGGUAGAGGUACGUGACUGGAGAAGACGGUCCGAUAUUCUGCUUUUUGCAUUCCACGCUGGUACAUUGUCGGUGCGGUUUUCAAACGGCGAUCAGAUAACAGGGACACAGUAUACAUUAGUUUGUCAGUCAGUGAUAGUUGUGUUUAUUGAUCAGUGAUGUUUAUGGCGGAUGAAAGGUGCCCAACGCGUCCAUCGUUCCAUGGUUCUAUACGGCCUGACUCCAUGGACAAUGUGAUGAAAAUCACGGCAUAUUUUAGUAGCAUGGUUGUAGCUGUUAGCUAUUUCGUUGCUGGACAGAUUACAAUCCAGAACUGCACAGGAUGAGAAGUGAUUAUCAUUGUUCCGAGUUGUUGAGUUGAUUGUGGCUAUGUAGAUUACUCCCCACACAACCAUUUAGGCGUUUGCCAAAACAUGUUUUGUCGCCAUAUUCUCCACAUUGGAACCUCUCUGCACGCACCUUCCAGCACAGCCCAGUGCUGCAGCGCACGUUCGGCAGCCACGUUCGCGCUCAGCCCAGGGGGCCCCGAGCCGGUGGGCGGGGCCCGGCAGGGCGCCGGCCACGGGCGCCUCCGGUCAUCCGCUUGCCGUGCAGAUUCGGCUGUGUUGGAGAUUGGCGACGGGUGCCACGCCCACCUGCCUGCCGCAUGAUCGGCUGUGAAGGUGGAUGAUGUCGCAGGUGCUCGCUGCCCGUCAGGUCCAGCUGGGUGUGC